UAAACCAAUCGAUGAAUGAAUCCAUAUCACCCUUUCUAUGGAGAGGACUUCUACUUUGAGAUCCCUCGCCCGUUUCAGUGUUUAUCCUUCUACGUUUAUGCCAAGAGCGUUUUCCAAAGGGACCUACCUGUUGGCAAAGUGUCAAUUCGAAAGGAUGAGCUGUGUAAUUUCAGUGGGAAGGAGCACUGGUUUAGCCUUCAUCCAGUAGAUCCUAACUCAGAAGUCCAGGGGAAGGUUCACUUGGAGAUGCGAUUGAAUGAAGUGAUCACAGAGAACGGCUCAGUGGGUCAACACUUACUGGUCCGGAUAAUAGAGUGCCAGGGACUGCCUUUGAUCAGUGGACAGAACUGUGACCCCUACGCCACCGUGUCACUCGUUGGACCUGCCAGGUCAGACCAAAAGAAAACAAAGGUAAAGAAGAAAACCAGCAACCCUCAUUUUGAAGAGACCUUCUUCUUCGAGGUGACACGGUCCAGCAGCUAUUCCAAAAAAUCUCAUUUCCAAGUAGAGGAGGAGGACAUAGAAAAACUUGAGAUCAAAGUGGAUUUAUGGAACAAUGAGAAUCUGGCUCAGGAUGUGUUUCUGGGAGAGACGAGGGUCCCUGUGAAGAUACUGCGAAAUGACCACAUUCACAAAGCCUGGUAUCUCCUCCAACCAAAAGGGAAUGGCAACAAGUCCAAGUCUGAUGAUUUGGGAUCCUUGCGUUUGAAGCUGACCUACAUAGAAGACACAGUGCUGCCGUCUACCUGCUACACACCACUCUGCAACCUGCUGCUCAAAUCCCCCGAUGUGAAGCCCAUCUCGGCGUCAGCAGCGCACAUCUUGGGGGACAUCUACAGAGAGCGGUAUGAGGCUGUUCUGCCCAUGGUUCGACUGCUGCUCCACCACAAUCGCUUUGUGCCUUUUGUCUCUGCUGUGGCAGCGCUGGAGCUGGACAACACUCAGGAGGCUAACACUAUAUUCCGUGGCAACUCACUGGCAACACGCUGCAUUGAUGACAUGAUGAAGAUUGUGGGAAAGAAUUACCUGGCGGUUACCCUGAAGCCUGUAAUAGAUGAGAUUUGUGAAUCCAACAAGACAUGUGAGAUUGACCCUGUUAAACUAAAGGAAGGUGAUAACGUGGAGGUCAACAAGGAGAACCUUCAGGGUUAUGUGCAGAAAGUAUUUUCCUCCAUCACCCAGUCCAGUUCUAGCUGUCCCCCUCUAAUGUGUGAUGUCUUCAGGUCACUGAGACACUUGGCCUGCAAACGCUUCUCAGCUGACCCUCAUGUUCAGUACUCAGCUGUCAGCAGCUUUGUUUUCCUGCGGUUCUUUGCCGUCGCUGUUCUCUCUCCACACUCCUUCCAGCUCCGUCCCCACCAUCCUGAUCCUGAGAUUUCCCGCACACUCACGCUCAUCUCAAAAACAAUCCAGACUCUGGGCAGCUGGGGUAGUUUGUCAAAAAAACUGUCUAGUUUCAAAGAAACCUACAUGUAUGACUUCUUCAAAUCAUUCCAAGAAGACAAGUGCAUUGAAAAAGUUAAAAAGUUUCUAGAUGAGAUUUCCUCGAACAUCAGCAAGGAGUCUAGCGGGCUGGAGGAUGCCGUGGUUCUCAAGGAGGGUGAGGUACAGAAACGUGCCCAGGGGAGAAAACGCUUGGGCAAGAGGAACUUUAAGAAGAGAUGGCUCCGAGUGACAAACAGGGAACUCUCCUACCACAAACAUAAAGGGAAGGAUGCCCUCUGCAUCAUCAAUGUAAAAAAUAUCCAGGCAGUGGAGAAACUGGAUGAAAGUGCCUUUAACCGCAAAAAUAUGUUUCAGUUGGUGCACUCUGAGAAGCCUCUGUACGUACAGGCAGGAAACUGUGUGGAGGCCAGUGAGUGGUUGGAUGUCCUGGGCCAGGUCAGUCGCUGCAACGAGGGACGCCUGACAACCUUUCACCCAUCAAACUACACGGGUGGAGCCUGGCAGUGCUGCAAAAACCAGAGUAACAACGCAGCAGGCUGCAAACCCUGCACAAUCACCGUCCUGGCCAACCUGCAGCUGGACAUUGACUGUGAUCGCGAAACUGAAAGAAUAUUCUCCCUCCUGUCGUCAAACGAUGCCAAGCUGCAGAACAUGGAGGACGCGUGUGCCAGCAUGGCAGUGUACCAGGGCCCUCAGCGGGAGCAGGAGGAAUACUCCAAGUUCACCAUUCAGGAACCCAAAGAGACCUUUCAGACACUCAAACAGCUCCGAAACAUCAUGGAGGAACUUCAGAGGCAGCAUAACAUCAGGAGUGACACCACGGCACAGUACGGGAGCCUGGACAAUCCCAUAGUCGGGAAAACCUCCUAACCGGGGCAGGGAGGUGUGACCUGAAUCAGCCAUACCAGAAGGUGUCCUAAAGGACCUUGGGACAACCAACGAGAACGCUGAACGGGUGUUCCAAGAGAAAAACAAACAAUACACCCUGACCUCCAGACAUCACCAGUCCACUACAGCAGUGACAGCCUGAGAAUGGGGACAGAGCUUGUGAGCUUCUUCCUUGUUCCCCAAAAUGAACAAACUCUCGGUAUUUGUCGUUUUCUUUGGCUGCCCCCUCCCCUCCCCUCCUUCAUGAAGACACUCUUUCCCCAUCUUAAUUUAUGUCCUCCUUUACAUAUCCAGCUGUGUGAAUAAGACAUCAUUAGAUGGUGUGUGAAUAGGCUGCUAUUUUUUUUAAUUCACCCAGUUUUGUAUCAACAGCUGUGAUGAUGCUCCCCCAAUCUCUCUAAUCGUCUCUCUUUCAAGUUGAUUACUUAUCAUCAUCUCUCUGGAGGAUCGUCCUCCACUUGUGCCCCUUUUAUCUCUGUCUACUCUUUAAGUGUCUUUCCUCUUCUGAACAAAUCUGUAGAUAUACUUUCAGGGGACACUUGAGUAGAUACAAACCAAUCUGCCUUACUUCGAUGGAUGUUUCUUUCACAUUAAAUGCUGAGGGAAUAACGCAGAAGCACUUUAAAUAUUUGGAGCACUCCAAAUGGAAAUGAAUAGAUACUUGGUAUCAGCUUUCCCCAAUUUUGAUCAGUUACAUGAUCUUGAGUACAUUUUGUUUUUGUUCCAAUCCUGUACAAUAACAUUUAUAGCCUGUAGAUUUUAAGAUAUUUUUCUUGACCAAAGACAUUUUCAUAGGUAUGACUUGAAAAAAAAUAAUAAUUGUAUUUUGAAUACAAAUGUUUUAAAAAUGGAGACAAAUGAUAAAUAUAUAUAUACAUAUAUAUAUAUAUAUAUAUAUUUGGUUUCUGUCAAUGUUUUCGCUAACAUAUCCUUUGAUUUUUGGUGACUUAAAGCAAGCAGACUGCAUGUGUUGAGUUGUAAGUCCUGAUAGCACAUGAUUGUGGUGUGGAGUUGUAUUUCCCUGUGAUUGUGAAUCGUAUCGGUACGGUGUACAUCAGAUCUGUGCUGUUUUGUUGAGAGCAUUGCAACAUAUUUAUAUUAUAGCAGCUUUUGUAAACAACAACAAGAAAAAAAACAAGAUUGAGGAAACGAUGAAAGGAAUCAAUUUGAAUAUCAAAUUGACACCCAUCAUCCCUGAUUUAGUCCAGACAAUCAUGGCCACAACAAACAUCAUUAUUUUUUUCAUCAUACAUGAUUAUUUUUGAAACCCGAAGCACUCAGCAGAUGAAACUGUUGAGCUUUAUGAUUGUAUGAAAUCAGUUUGAUAUGGGGCAGUAGGUUUAAAAGUUUUUAACUUUUCACAGAUGCAGCUCUUCACUGCCAGAACUGUCCGAAAAGUUAUGAAGUUACAAAGAGUUCAAUCCUGCAGAGUAAUGAAGAGCCAAUUCAGGAGUGACUCGCUUCCUUACAAUCAUAUUUGGUAGAAGUGAAGCUGUAUCUGAUCAGCUCAGUCAAAGAAAACAGUCCACAACAUCUGAUCUCAUUAACUGCUCCAGAUUUUCACCUUUUUUAUGUAAACAUUUACUACCAGCAAAUUAACAUUUUUACAGAUUAUUUUUCUGUCUGCUGAUUUAAACAUUAAUCCAGAAGAGGGUUUUUCUUCUUCUCUUAGAUAACCUGAUGAUCAGCCAGUUUGGUGUCAUGUACUCUCCAUCAUUCACCCAUUUGAACAAUGAAGUGUUGAAAAGACUUCAAGAAAACUUGAAUUACUUUAGGAGCAAAAGUUGAACUUGUGAUGCUGAUAAUACAGGGUUAACCGUGUAUUUUUCUUUUCUUGUGGAAUAAGUUGUUGUUCAGGAGUUUUGUCUUUGGUCCAUCAUAUAUUUCUAACAUGCAUGUCUUGUUUAUUUAACAAAAUAUUUUUCUAGGAAGACGCUUUUGUAUCCUUUUUUUUCAAACACUGAUUCAGUGUGUUGCUAUCCUGGUACAGUACCUUUCUUUUUGUCCGCUGCGCUUUUACGACUCUGGCUGCUUGUGUUUCUGUCCCUGAGUGUUUCCCCCUUUUUGUACGUGGUUGUAGCUGCUGCCAAACCUCCACUUGUUGAUAGCUUCAACGCAGCACCACAGAAGUGAAUAUUUUGUGUGAGGAGCUACGGUUGGCAUUAUGUUCACAUGCAGACUGUAGAUGAUUAAACUGUCUAAUGAGAGAAAGAAACAACUGUAAAAUGUUAAUUUGAGGAAAACCAUUGUUAGGGGAACUUUGUUCAUGCUUGUCAAAUGUGAUCAUUUGGGCUAUGUUGAAUACUUAACUACUUCGGACCAAAUUUCAACAAAACACAGAUCUAAAUCUAAAGGGAUUACAGCCUGACAUUAUUGUUUUGUACUCAGUGAAAGCUUGCACAUCAGCUCCAUUACCAGUUUGAAAAUAGGCCAGUAAACAAGCAGCUGAUUUACUCUGGUAGUGUGCACAUUUUAUAAAAGGGUGAACGUGUUGGGUUUUUUAUUUCCGUUCACUUGUUAAUGAAUUAAGCUUUUAUGCGUUUUUAAAAAGGGAUUUUUGUCUAUUUGAUUUUCCACGUUUGAACUUGGUCCUAAAAUAAAACCCAUCCUUGUGUGGAUGUGGAUGAGAUGCGUGUGGAAACUCGUAAAGUGGACUGGUAUCAGCCGUCAUGCUUUUUAGGACAGCAGUCUCUGACUUUGAAUGUUGGACUGUUUCCAAUCAUAAUUUUACUUAACUUGACUUAAAGGGACAUGUUGACUUUUGCUUUGAAAUAUCAUAUGACCAACAAUCAAGGCAGUAGCCUCUGAUGAAUGCUGUCUGAGCAUGUCAUUUUAAUCAUAUAUAAAAGGAGAUUGCAGGUUUAUGCCAGAGAAGUUGAUUCCAGGGUCUGCAACCCACUUUUAGCAGCAAGAGCAUAUAUAAAUUCUUUAAAGGUACACAACACUGCAAAACAAUCUGUUCUUUCCUGCCAAUCAUCUCAGAUCUGUUCUGUAAGAGAAACAGCACAGAGCAUGAGUACAGUUAACUCUCUGUUUGGACUUUCUUUGAUGUUUUUCUGCCAACAGUGCAUGGUAACUUCACAACUCAAGUUCAACUCUUCUGAAUGUCUUUACUGCUCGAGUACAAUGUCUGUUUUUUAUACACAUUAAAUGUUUCAUUUUUCAUACAUGGUCUUUUUGUGUCCAUUUGAAUCUAUCUACAAUAAACACUUUGCCAAUG